UAAAAUGGUAUAAAAUAGAGGGACUAAAAAUUAGUCCCUCUAAACCAAACACCCCCUAAGCAUCGAAGGGAAGGAAGAAGCAUGUGCUUGUUGAAGCCCGUGCCCUGAUGAUGAUGAUGUCGAGAGAAGUCCUCAUGGCGCGCAUGGGAGGGGGGAUGACCUGUGCUGUCUGCCCAAGUCCCGAGCACGACCGGCCCUAGCAGCAGGCUAGCCGGCCGGUGCGAUCAACUGUAAAAACCGCGACGCGCCAACGCUCUCGGCUCCUGGAGCUGAUCGGCCGUUCUCGUCUUCCUCUCGCCCAGGUCGCGCCGCGCAAAGGGAGCUGCGACCGAUGGACCGUUGAACAACGCGUCUGCUCUGCUACAUAUACAUUGAUUCAGCUGAACGGUCGUGUUUCAGAGAGAGAUGACGGCUAAGAGCCUAAGCUACAGCGCAGCAAGCAGACGGGGAAACAAGAAUCAUCCCUUCCGUAUAUACUACUACUACUACUACUCAAUACUCAUGCAUGCGCACUGCCUCCCGGUGCGGCGUAUGAACCAGACAUGAACAGGGAGCACAGCAGCAGCAGCAGCUCCAAGCUCAUCAACGAGAAGCUCGAGGAACACCGGAUCUCCACCGCGAAGCACUGCCCCCACUGCGGCGAGAAAAUCGACAGCAAACCAAAGGAUUGGGUGGGGCUGCCGGCAGGCGUCAAGUUCGAUCCAACUGAUCAGGAGCUGAUCGAGCACCUCGAGGCGAAAGUGAAGGACGAAGGCUCGAGAUCUCACCCUCUCAUCGACGAGUUCAUACCCACAAUAGAUGGGGAGGACGGCAUAUGCUACACCCACCCCGAGAAACUUCCAGGUGUGACGAGGGAUGGCCUAAGCAAGCACUUCUUCCACCGGCCGUCCAAGGCCUACACGACGGGCACGAGGAAGAGGAGGAAGAUACAGACGGAUUGCGACGUCCACAAGGGGGAGACGAGGUGGCACAAGACCGGCAAGACGCGGCCGGUGAUGGUGAGCGGCCGGCAGAAGGGGUGCAAGAAGAUACUGGUGCUGUACACCAACUUCGGCAAGCACCGCAAGCCGGAGAAGACGAACUGGGUGAUGCACCAGUACCAUCUCGGUGACCUAGAGGAGGAGAAAGAGGGGGAGCUGGUGGUGUGCAAGAUCUUCUACCAGACGCAGCCCAGGCAGUCCAGCUGGUCCGCCGCCUCUGACCGGGGGGCCGCCACUGCCAUGGUGGCAGCAACGACGGCGGCGGCGCAGGAGCAGCAUAGGAGGGAUAGCGGCAGCGGCAGCUGCUCGUCUAGGGACCACGAGGCGGUGUCAGCGACAUCGUUCCCGGCCGGAUACACAGUCACCACGGCCGUCGAGAUGCAGCAGCAUAUGAAGCAGCCAGCUGCGGACCAUUUCAGCUUCGCGCCUUUCAGGAAAACCUUCGAUCAGGAGGUUGGUAUAGGUGGUGAUCAGGUGCCAUCUAAUCAGCUCGGACGAUCAGAGACGCAUCAUGCCGGCCGGGGGCAGCAGCCGCACGGCCCGGUGCUCGCGACGACGGCCGUGCCUGCUACAGCUUUCCUGAUCAGUAGGCCAUCGAACCCCGUCUCGACUAUAGUGCCACCUGCAAUGCAGCACGCAUCAGUUGUCCUCGAUAAUGAUCAGUUCCAUGUGCCAGCAAUCCUUCUCCACCACCAUGACAAAUUCCAGCCGCAUCAGCACCAACAGGAACAGACACAACAAAAGCUUGAUCGCAGGUCUGCCAGUGCCGGCUUGGAAGAAUUGAUAAUGGGCUGCACGUCGUCCACAAACACAAAAGGAGAAACUUCAAUUGCUCACCCCCAAGAGACAGAGUGGCCUUACCCGUACUGGCCAUCUGAUAACCAAGAUCAUCAUGGAUAGUAGUGACAGGACAGAUAAAUAAUGGCGAUGAAUGCUAAAGGAACACUAACCACAACCACUUCUACUGGAAUGGGUUUUGUCUGCUUGAAUAUGCAGCGUUGCUUUUCUUGGAGGAUGUACACCUACGUUCGAUCUAUAGUGGAGGGAUCGGAAGACCAGAGAAAAAACAGAUCUCUGUAGAUCUCCCUCAAAAAGAAAAUGAGAAUCAAAUUACUCGUGUGUGCUCUCCAAGACAGAAGAGACAAAAUGGCCAACGAAAAGAGGAGAAAAGAUCGAUGGGAGGAAAGGUAUCGUUUGUGCUGACAUUGAAGGGAUCAUGUGUGGGCCCCUAGAUGUAUUAGAGACCAUCUUAGUCAAGUAGUACAACUAUAAUCAGUUCACGGUUUAUUGUAGUUUUUUUAUUCGUGCUACCUAAUUUCCAAUUGUAAAAAGUAUUGUUUGCCUCCCUUUUAAUAUUUUUUGCUUUCCAAAUUGAUGCUGAUUUUAGUUUCCCUCGGUCAAUUUGUGCUAAUAUGCAUCACGGAGAAAUAAACUUAGUAAGAAGCUGGAAAUUCCUUU